UGGCUUAUAAAAAGAAAGCAGGUGAAGGCUGAAGCGGUAAAAUUAGGAAAACGCUCAGAAAAUAUCCUCAAUUAUCACGUGUUUCAAAUGUUUUGAUGCCGCCAAUCUCACUCCCUCCCAUGCUUUGAGUCUUGAAUCUUCAACGACGAGUUCUCGUUCUUUAUAAGGGAACGCAAGUCAUUUGUUGUCUUCGUGCUUCAAAACUCAAUUCAUCGUACACUGUUCUACCAACAUGAACUGGGUUCGCGGAGAAUCACUCGGCAGUGGAACCUUCGCCACCGUCAACAUCGUCGUCCCUGCAAACGGCUCCACUCGGUUCCCUUCUCCCGUCGCCGUCAAAUCCUCUGAUUCCGACAACGCGGGUUCGCUCCAACACGAAAAGGAGAUAUUCGAUCGCCUUGGCUCUUCCCCUUACAUCAUCAAGUGUUUCGGCCACGAUCACACCGUCGAGAACGGCGAGGAGUUCUACAACGUAUUCCUCGAACGCGCCACCGAAGGGUCCCUCGCCGACCAGGUCAAGAAACACGGUGGAAGCCUCCCGGAGCCUUUCGUCCGGCGAUGCACGAGGUCUAUCGUGGAAGGGCUCAAACAUAUUCACGAGCAAGGUUUCGUUCACUGCGACGUGAAGCUUCAGAACGUUCUCGUUUUCGACGGCGAGGUGAAAAUCGCGGACUUCGGGCUCGCCAAGGAGAAGGGGGAGAAACAAGGGAAGUGCGAGUUCAGGGGAACGCCGUUGUUUAUGUCGCCGGAAUCGGUGAACGACAAUGAAUAUGAGCCGCCGGCGGAUAUUUGGGCCCUGGGAUGCGCCGUCGUGGAGAUGGUGACCGGAAAACCCGCGUGGGAUGUUAGCAACGGUUCCAGUAUUUGGUCAUUGAUGAUUCGGAUUGGAGUCGGAGAAGAAUUGCCAAAGAUUCCAGAAGAAUUGUCGGAAGAGGGGAAGGACUUUUUGGAGAAAUGCUUUGUUAAGGAUUCCAAGAACAGGUGGAGCGCUGAGAUGCAUCUGAAGCACCCUUUCAUCAAAGUUGACUCACUUUCGUACGAGAAAGUUCAUCAACCGUUACCGUCGCCGUCGCCGAGGACCCACUUCGAUUUUCCUGACUGGGCUUCCACCGUAAUGGCUUCGCUCCCGUCGUCCCUGGAUUUCGAUGAGCACUCUGGGUGGUCGAAUUCUCCGGAGAGUCGUCUCCGGCAGCUUGUCACCGACAAGACAUCGGAGAAUUGGUCAGAAUCGGAUGGCUGGAUCAGCGUUAGGUGAAGUUCUUGGAAGUGUUGCUGGUUCUGUGAUUACAAACA